AUGGCUGCAUUCAAAAUGACCAUCUGCUGCAUGGGCGCCGGCUACGUGGGCGGUCCCACCAUGGCCGUCAUCGCGGCUGCUUGUCCCGACAUCAAAGUGGUGGUCGUCGACGUGUCCGAGACGCAGAUCGCCAAGUGGAACGCCCCCAAUGGGCUCCCCAUCUACGAGCCUGGACUGAAAGAGCUGGUCAACGCUCGACGCCACAAGAACCUCUUCUUCUCCACGGAUAUCGACACGUACAUUAACGAGGCCGCGAUCAUCUUUGUGUGUGUGAACACACCAACCAAGACCAGCGGCAUUGGAGCAGGACGGGCGGCCGAUACCAAGAACUGCGAAGCCUGUGCUCGGAAGAUCGCUGAAGUGGCAACAGCAGACAAAAUCGUUGUGGAAAAGUCCACUGUGCCUGUUCGCACGUCGGAGAGCAUCAAGGCUGUAUUGCAGGCCAAUUCCAAGGGACUCCACUUUGAAGUGCUGUCAAAUCCCGAGUUCUUGGCGGAAGGCACGGCCAUUCGGGACUUGCAACAGCCAAGUCGCAUUUUAAUUGGUGGUGCCGAGACGACGGCCGGCCAUGCAGCAGUGGAGAAGCUCGUGAGUGUCUACGCCCAUUGGGUCCCGCGGGACCGCAUCAUCACGACCAAUGUCUGGUCUUCGGAGCUCUCGAAGCUCGUUGCGAAUGCCUUUUUAGCACAACGGAUCUCGAGCAUUAACUCAAUCUCAGCAGUGUGUGAAGCCACGGGAGCCAAUGUGCAUGAAGUGGCACGAGCCGUGGGCGCGGACGACCGUAUUGGCGCCAAGUUUCUGAACUGCUCGGUGGGUUUUGGAGGCUCGUGUUUCCAGAAGGACAUUCUGAAUCUGGUCUACCUGGCAGAGAGCUUUCACUUGCCUGAGGUGGCUGAGUACUGGUGUCAUGUCGUGGCCAUGAACGAAUACCAGAAGACGCGCUUUGCUACGACAAUGAUCCGCCGCAUGUUCAACACGGUGACGAACAAGAAGAUCUGUGUCUUUGGAUUCGCGUUCAAGAAAGACACUGGGGAUGUGCGCGAGACGCCCGCUGCGACAAUUGUCAAGUAUCUACUAGAGGAGAGGGCCAAUGUAACCGUGUAUGACCCGCAGGUCAAGAUCGAGGACAUGAUGCACGAGCUCGAGUAUCAGGGUGUGGACAAAGCCAGCCAUCCUCUGAUUGACAAGCUCCUCACUGUGGUCAACGACCCGUAUGAAGCUGCGAAAGACUCGCAUGCUGUUGCUGCACUCACAGAGUGGGACGAGUUCAAGACGCUGGAUUAUGCCAGGAUCUACGAAAGCAUGACGAAGCCCGCCUUCUUUUUCGAUGGCCGCAAUAUCCUGCCCCGCGACAAGCUUGCCACUUUAGGAGCCAAAGUGUACGUCAUUGGCCGCGCAGACGUGAUCUCGGACGAGCUGCACUUCUAG